UAACAUUUUCAAACACGUUUUUCUUUCUAUUUGCAGGUCACUAUGACGCGAGAGGAGGCGCUAUAAUGGAGGCUGGCCGAGGGAGGCUUCUACCUUCCCUUCGCCUCGUUCACUAGCACUGCUCUCCAUGCCUGUGGGCGACGCGGAGCUUUUGUCUUGAAGGACUUCGGCUGGUUGACGCGUGCAUUCGCAGGUGCUAGAAAUCGAGAUGGAUUUCAGUACAGUGAGCCACCAGUCGCCCGGUUACAUGUGUAUGGAAAAUGGGGGUGACUUUGUUAGUACGAAUUUUAUGGAAGACGUCCGUUCAACCAAAGUGCCCACGGUGCUCGAGGAUAUCGCCCUGCCGAGAGGCUGUGACGUGCGAACCGUAACUAUGAAUGGAUUUAGCAACUCUUGCCAAGGAAAUAUUAAUGACGCCAAGAACUUUUCCUCUGCGCCGAAAGAAGCCCAUGCUAGGGAUUUGCAUGCGCUAGUAAAUGGUGAUCCUAACAUAAAUUUCGACGUUCGUCAUUCACAAGCGGGCCAGACGGGCGAGGUGAGUGCAGAGACGUCGCAGGCCAAACGGCCAGAGCGCUUGCCUUCACAGUCGUCGGUGUCGUCGCUGCACUCCUCGGCCUCGGUAUCCGAACGCUCGAUCUCGUUUUCGGAGCAGGAGACCGUGUGCGUGGGCGACCUUCAGCGCCGAUACGGUGAUGCAGACAGCGACUCGCGCGUUCGGCAGCAGGGUUCCUUUUCCUCCUCCGAGCAGCAGGACCCUUUUGAGCACCCAGGCGAUCACGAGCGCUACCAGCCCGAAGAUGAUGAGCUCUUCCAUCCCGACGACGAUGACUACGACGACGAGGGUGAGGCAGGGCAGCCCAUGUUUACGGGCGUCGACAUGAGACAUGCCGAAGUAAACAUCAAGUCCACGAAUGAGGUGGUUUUCGGCACCAAGGAAGUGUAUAACAUCUCGUCACCGCUGACGGAGGCCGUCCCCAACAUCAACAUCAUGACUCCGACGGCGGAGACGCCGGGCGGGAGCGCAGAGACUUCGACGUUGGACUCCCGCGGCGGCGCCAGGGGCCACCCUCUCCACCUCAACAUAAACAAGGCACAGCAUGCGGCUCAGGCGGCUAUCCCUAUGAUGUGCCGGCCGCACAGCCCAGUCAUCAAGUCACAGUCCACGCCCAUCCCCGUUUCCUCGUACGGCCUCACGAGCCCCGUGAUGUCCCCCCAUCAGAUCCCGAUGGCCACAGCAAUGGGCGUUCAGCAGGGGGCGGGCGUGCUCAACAUUCCCCUGCCCUCGCCCAUGCUCAGCCAGACCAACAGUCAGCUGAGCAUGAGCCACCCUCUGGCAAGUGCCAUAGCCGCCCCUGCCAGUCGGAUCAACAUGCCCACGGUCACCACGCCCACGAGCCAGGUCAAUAUCAGUGACCCAGACAACGUCGUGGUGGGAACGCAGGUCGUCAUCCGCUGCAAUGAGCCCCACGAGCACCGCCACGUUGAACCUCCCGUCGCCAACAUCGACUCGACUCUGGCGGAGGUCCGGGAGAAGCUGGCCACCGUCUACCGAACCCAGACGAAGACCUCGCUCCUGCCGUGGCUGAAGGGACACCAGGCCAUCCCCAUGAACGAAUUCUACACCAACUCCCGCAUCCUGGCCGUGGACAAGCAAGGGAAACAGACGAGCCAGGCCGUGGACCUCGUGAAGGAUCUGAUCAGCGAGGAAGAGACGAAGUUCCUGGUGGAGGGGGAGCCUGGGAUGGGCAAGACGCUGCUGGCACUCAAGAUGGCGAUCGACUGGGCCAACGAGAAGAGCCUCCAGCAGUUCAAAUUCGUCUUCCUCAUCUUCCUGCGGGACUUCAAGGGCAGUCUCGAGCAGUACAUCAAGGAAGAGCUUUUGCCUUCGGGAUUCGAUGAAAAAUUCAAGAAGGUGUGGGAGUACUGCAAGAACCACGAGGAGCAGCUUCUGUUCAUCCUGGACGGCUACGACGAGCUCAACAAGAACGACGAGGGCGAGAUUCAGAAUCUGCUUCGGUACCGCGACUUCCAGAAGAGCAAGGUGGUCGUGACUUCGCGGCCGGACGUCCUCAAGACCAUCUUUCAGCGGACGAUCGUCAAGGGCUUCAGCGAGGAGCAGAUGAUGGAGUUCAUCGGCAAGUACUUCCGGCUCUCGAACGAGGAGGAAUGCGGCCGGAUGCUGAAGCAGAUCAUCGAGCGCGAUUACAAGUACCGGAAGCUGGCUAAGAGGCCCCUGUUCUGCGUGCUGCUCUGUAUGCUCUACGACUCGGAGAGGAGCGUCGCCAAGCUGCCCGAGAAGCUGUCCGACAUGAUGUUCAAGAUCAUGCUGUGCCUCAUCAAGUGGAACAACAACAAGGGCACGACCGACGCGAACGCGGGCUCGGCCGAUGGGAACAUCGAGGCGUUUCCGCCCGAGUACCAGGAGAAGUUUCUUAGUUUUGGCAAACUGUGCAUGGAGGCGCUCAAGACGGAUAAGACGCGCUUCAGUGAGAAGCAAAUAGAAAACUAUUCUCUCUUGGUGCCUCUAGGAUUUUUGUCGAGUGACAGUGAGAACCAUGUGUAUGGACGCAAAAAGUUCUACAAACCCGUUCAUAAGAUAUUCCUGGAAUAUCUCGCCGGCCUGUACAUGGCCGACACUAUCGAGCGGGACCGACGAGAACACAAGGAUUUCACGGCCAUCUACCGCCACGAGCACGUCCUCAAGUUUAUGGUCGGGGUCCUCGGGAAGCGAGCCCACUUGGCGCUGGAGGGCAAACGGCAGCAGGAUUUCCGACACAUGAAGGACCAGGAGAUCCUGAUGCUCCUUCGAGAAGCCGGGACGACGCCGGACAACUGCCGCGCGGUCGCCAGGCUGCUCGACCGCGACUACCACCGCGUCUACACCAGCGAGGUCGACUUCGAGGGCUGGAGCUCCAUUCUCGACCAGAAGUUCCACAUGCUCAAGAACCUCGAGCUGGUGUGGCGCAUCAAGAGCAACAACCCGGACCAGGAGAGCUCCUUCAACGAGGCAAGCCCAGAGCUCUACCGGCAGUUCUUCAGCGCUCUCCGGAGGAACAAGAGCAUCUCCAUGAUAAGGGUUCGUGCAACGCAGGACGGCGAGCCUUUCUCCGAGACAAAGAUCAAACUUUUCUUCUCACACUUCAAGGAAGCGCUCGAGAAGGAGAACCUGAAAGAGCUCGAGAUAAAGGAGCUGAAUAUGAAUGUUCUCAAUGGAAGGUCUCGUCUAGUCUUGUGCAAGCGGUCGCGGAGGCAACCUGCAACUCGGGGAGGGAAGGCCCUCGAAGCCCUGGAGGUGCUACGACUGGACAUGUUCCUCGACGACGACGCUCUUCACAACCUGUGCGACCGCCUGAGGAACGACUCGCCCAAACUCAAGGAACUGCAGCUCACCGGCCUCGUCCACGGGCGUCAGGGCUUCAAGAGUCUGGUGGAGUUGCUGAAGAAAAAUAAAAAUCUCCAUAAGCUGCAUUUGUCCAUGAACAGAGCUCAGCUGCAACACGACACGAGCGUCUUCAUGAGCAGAGAUUACACGCCGACGCAUAUGAAGAUGGAGUUGAUUCGCAUGUCCACGUAUGCAAAUAGGAAGAGCCAGGAUGCUUUUAAUCAAACUGCCCAAGAAAAUCAAGAGGGAUGUACUCUUCCGGACCCAACCAAAGAACUGAGUUACCUGUUUCACGAUCCUCUCAAGACGGGCGUCAAGUUCAUCCACGGAGCUAAGGGUUUCUGUUUCGUCAGGGACCAAGAUGUCAGGCUUCCUCUCCCCUUGUGCAUGGGACGAGGUCACCAGUCUAUAUUCCAUGACCUCUUCUCGGCCCUUCCGGAAACCAGCGUGCAGAAGUUGACCCUGGCUGACCCCUGUCUCUACCUCACCAAAGCUGACCUCGUGUGCCUCGGAGAUGCCAUCAGGACGACGAAGCACUUGAGCAGUCUCAAUCUCCAAGGGUUAUAUAAGGUCGAGUGCUACAUGCCCGUGCUGCUCGGCUUGGGUCAGUCUCCGUCGCUUACCACGGUGAAGCUCGACUCCCGGCACGUCGUCCUCUCCGACACAGCCUUCUUCCUGGCUUGCACGGCGCUGAGGAAUAACACCACACUUAAGACGCUCUCCUUGGCACGCUGGUCCUUUACUAUACAGGUGAGUGUGUGUGUAAGGAGGAUUGUGAAGGCGAGGGUUAGUGAGGUGUGAUUCUUGUGUAUUCUA